CCGGUGGGCUUCGCCGAGGCGUGGCGCGCGCAGUUCCCGGACUCGGCGCCGCCGCGCAUGGAGCUGCGCUCGGUGGGGGACAUUGAGCAGGAGCUGGAGCGCUGCAAGGCCUCCAUUCGGCGUCUGGAGCAGGAGGUGAACCAGGAGCGCUUUCGCAUGAUCUACCUGCAGACGCUGCUGGCCAAGGAGAAGAAGAGCUACGACCGCCAGCGCUGGGGCUUCCGGCGCCCCGCGCAGCCCCCGGACGGCGCCGCUGAGCCCCGCACGCCGCGCCCCGUGCCUCCCGAGUCCACCGCCGUGGAACCCGAGUCGCGCCCCGACGGCGAGGGCUCCCCGAAGACCAGGCCGGCGGCGACACGCACCGUGGCGGCGCUGCGCUCCAACUUCGAGCGGGCGCGGCGGGGCGCGGGACCAGCGGGGGGCGACGCCGAGAAGCCCUUCUACGUGAACGUGGAGUUCCACCACGAGCGGGGCCUUGUGAAGGUCAACGACAAGGAGGUGUCGGAGCGCAUCAGCGCGUUGGGCACCCAGGCCAUGCAGCUGGAGCGCAAGAAGUCCGGCGUGGGGGCCGGCGAGCCGCCCAGGCCCCCGCACCGCGCGCGGGCCUCCGAGGGCGGCUGCGGCCUGGACGGCGACUACGAGGACGCGGAGCUCAACCCGCGCUUCCUCAAGGACAACCUGAUCCAGGCCAACGGCGGCGGCAGGCCUCCGUGGCCGGCCUUGGAGUACCAGCCAUACCAGAGCGUCUACGUCGGGGGCCUGAUGGGCGAGGGCGAGGGCAAGGGUGCACUUCUGCGCAGCCAGAGCGCCUCGGAGGCCGAGAAGCGGCUCACCUGGCCUCGCAGGUCCUACUCCCCACGCAGCUUCGAAGACAGUGGCGGCGGUUACACCCCAGACUGCAGUUCCAACGAAAACCUCACCUCCAGCGAGGAGGACUUCUCCUCGGGCCAGUCCAGCCGUGUGUCCCCCAGCCCCACCACCUACCGCAUGGCCCGCGACAAGAGCCGCUCUCCUUCCCAGAACUCGCAGCAGUCCUUGGAGAGCAGCAGCCCCCCAACCCCGCAGUGCCAGAAGCGGCGCCGGCCGGGCCAGGUGGUUGUGUCUGAGGCCACCAUCGUCGGUGUCCGAAAGACGGGCCAGAUCUGGCCCAGCGAUGGGGACAGCCUACAUGGAGAUCCAGAUGCCUCGUUCGGGACGCCACCCGGCUACGGCUGCGCCGCUGACCAUGCUGAGGAGCUGCGCCACCAGGACGGGCUGCCCUACAUCGAUGACUCGCCCGCCUCCUCCCCACACCUGGGCAAAGGCCGCGGCAGCCGGGAUGCGACGGGGGCCUCGGAGUCCAGCAGAGGGGGUGAGCUGGACGUGGAAAAGGGCUUGGAGAUGAGAAAGUGGGUGCUGUCUGGGAUCCUGGCAAGUGAGGAGACGUACUUGAGCCACCUGGAAGCGCUGCUGCUGCCCAUGAAGCCACUGAAAGCUGCAGCCACCACCUCACAGCCGGUGCUGACGAGCCAGCAGAUCGAGACCAUUUUCUUCAGAGUGCCCGAGCUCUACGAGAUCCACCGCGACUUCUAUGAUGCCCUCCUGCCCCGCGUGCAGCAGUGGGGGCACCAGCAGCGCGUGGGUGACCUCUUCCAGAAGCUGGCCAGCCAGCUUGGUGUGUACCGGGCCUUCGUGGACAACUACGGUGUCGCAAUGGAGACUGCCGAGAAGUGCUGCCAGGCCAACGUGCAGUUUGCAGAGAUCUCGGAGAACCUGCGUGUCAAGAGCAGCAAGGACUCCAAAGACCAAAUGACCAAGAACUCUCUAGAAACCCUCCUGUACAAGCCUGUGGACCGGGUGACCCGCAGCACGCUUGUCCUGCACGACCUGCUAAAGCACACACCACCUGGCCACCCUGACCACCCGCUGCUGCAGGAUGCCCUACGCAUCUCACAGAACUUCCUGUCCAGCAUCAACGAGGAGAUCACGCCCCGCCGGCAGUCCAUGACUGUCAAGAAAGGCGAGCACCGGCAGCUGCUGAAGGACAGCUUCAUGGUGGAGCUGGUGGAGGGGGCCCGCAAGCUGCGCCAUGUCUUCCUGUUCACCGACCUGCUGCUCUGUGCCAAGCUCAAGAAACAGAGUGGAGGCAAAGCCCAGCACUAUGACUGUAAGUGGUACAUCCCGCUCACGGACCUGAGCUUCCAGAUGGUGGACGAGUGUGAGGCCGCACCCAGCAUCCCCAUGGUGCCCGACGAGGAGCUGGACGCCAUGAAGAUCAAGAUUUCCCAGAUCAAGAGUGAUGUCCAGAGGGAGAAGAAAGCCAACAAGGGCAGCAAGGCCAUGGAGCGGCUGAAGAAGAAGCUGUCAGAGCAGGAGUCGCUGCUGCUGCUGAUGUCUCCCAACAUGGCCUUCCGUGUGCACAGCCGCAAUGGCAAGAGCUACACAUUCCUCAUCUCAUCUGACUAUGAGCGCUCUGAGUGGAGGGAGAACAUUCGGGAGCAACAGAAGAAGUGCUUCAAGAGCUUCUCUCUGACCUCAGUGGAGCUGCAGAUGUUGACCAACUCGUGUGUCAAACUCCAGACUGUCCACAACAUCCCACUGACCAUCAACAAAGAAGAUGACGAGUCUCCAGGGCUCUAUGGGUUCCUGAAUGUCAUCGUCCACUCGGCCACAGGAUUUAAGCAGAGUUCAAGUCUGUACUGCACUCUGGAGGUGGAUUCCUUCGGGUACUUCGUGAACAAAGCCAAGACCCGGGUGUACAGGGACACGGCUGAGCCCAACUGGAACGAGGAGUUUGAGAUUGAGCUGGAGGGCUCCCAGACAUUACGGAUCCUGUGCUAUGAAAAGUGUUACAACAAAAGCAAGAUCAACAAGGAGGAUGGAGAGAAUGCAGACCGCCUCGUGGGAAAGGGCCAGGUCCAGUUGGACCCUCAGAUGCUACAGGACAAGGACUGGCAGCGGACAGUCGUUGGCAUGAAUGGGGUGGAUGUGAAGCUGUCCCUCAAGUUUACGAGCAGAGAAUUCAGCCUCAAGAGGAUGCCGUCCCGGAAACAGACCGGGGUGUUUGGAGUCAAGAUCGCAUUGGUCACUAAGAGGGAGAGGUCCAAGGUGCCGUACAUCGUGCGCCAGUGCGUGGAGGAGAUCGAGCGGCGUGGCAUGGAGGAGGUGGGCAUCUACCGAGUGUCCGGAGUGGCCACGGACAUCCAGGCCCUGAAGGCAGCCUUCGACGUCAACAACAAGGAUGUGUCCGUGAUGAUGAGUGAGAUGGACGUCAACGCCAUUGCUGGCACGCUCAAGCUCUACUUCCGGGAGCUUCCUGAGCCCCUCUUCACCGAUGAGCUGUACCCCAACUUCGCCGAGGGCAUUGCUCUUUCAGACCCCGUUGCAAAGGACAGCUGCAUGCAGAACCUGCUGUUGUCACUCCCAGAGCCCAACCUUCUCACCUUCCACUUCCUGCUGGAUCACCUCAAGAGGGUGGCAGAAAAGGAGGUGGUAAACAAGAUGUCCCUGCACAACCUGGCCACUGUCUUCGGCCCCACCCUGCUCCGGCCCUCGGAGAAGGAAAACAAGCCCCCCACCACGCCCGGCCAGCCCUUCGCCAUGACCGACAGCUGGUCCCUGGAGGUCAUGGCCCAGGUCCAGGUGCUGCUGUACUUCCUGCAGCUGGAGGCCAUCCCUGCUCCGGACAGCAAACGACAGAGCAUACUUUUCUCCACCGAAGUCUAA